AUGGAGGGUCAGGCUGUGAGAAGAAGAGUGAAUAUGAUUGCAGCCCAUUUAGCUUCUCCUGAAGAUUUAUCUGCAUCUGCCACCCACGUAUUCCCCAUGAGUUGCAGUAACAGUUUGAAUAGGGUCAUGCGGAGGUGUGACAACAGAAUGUAUUUUGCGAGGCAAGGUUCUAGCUCUCAAGCUUGCCACAUGAGGCAGGCUUCAAGCGAACAGGAAAACAUUACUCGACCUACUAUGCCUCUCAAAUCUAGUGGCUAUGCAAACACGUGCUCUAACUCCAAGCCACCCUUGUUUUCUAGACCAUGGAUGGAACCCAUUCCGAAAGUUAGAGAAACUCAGUCUGCAGUGCAGGGUCCCAGAUACGUUGAGCCUUUACCCGAAGCUCCAAAAUUUGCCAGACCAAGCAGAAUUUGUGGGCAGCAACAGUUUCAGUGUAAGGAAAGGAAUCGCACAUUGGAAUCAGAAUUUAAGUGGUCCCCAAGGAUGGACGUUGUAGAAUCUGGACGCAGUUAUGUAGCUACAUUAGAACUUCCAGGUGUCAACAUCAACAGCAUAAAGGUGGAAGUCAAUGACCAAGUUUUGACUGUAACUGGAAAUCGUUCAAUCUGGUCAUGGAAAGGGGACAAUUGUGCAAAUGAAUUAACUUCCCAUUAUCACAAAAGGGAGAUUUUACAAGGACCUUAUCAAAUGACGUGGUCACUUCCUGCUAACGUGAACAAGGACGCUAUAUCAGCUGUGUUUGUCGACGGACUUCUUCGAAUUACGAUGCCCAAACUAUUAGAUUAUAGGGGGCUGAGGAAGGCACAAAUAUAG